AUGGCGACAGAUACUUCGGAUCAAUCAGGAAGCAGUGAUAUCAGCAUUUACAAGGAUCUCGCAUCAUAUUCAUGGGAUACCGAUAAAGAGUUCCAGGGUGGUCUAUCAGCUAUAUUAGGCAAUGCAUCUUCACCUAAUCAAAUUCGAGAAUUGACGCUUCGGGCUCAGUGUUUCUAUCUCUCUCGUAAGAAGAAGAUUGACAUCAAUUUUGAUGGAUAUAAGGCAUAUCUGGCAACUCAUGUAUCCACAUCAUCUUCUACUGAUGUCCCUACGCCUGAUAGCGCCAGUUCAGUAAAUGAGCCUUUAUCUUCCAACAUUCCACAUUCCGAUCGUGAAAAUGACGUACCACCUGCUACCACUACAGCUGAUGAAAAGGCCCCGCCACCAUAUCCUCCAUCUUUUGCUGAAAUCGUCGCUUUAAUCACAGCUGGUGCUACAAUCCCGGGAAUCCGCGAUAUUCCUGAUACAGUUCUGACGGAUCAGGGUACCAAGCCAGUCGCACGAAAGCGUCGUAAGCCAUGGGAGAAAGACGUUGACGAGGAAACAAUUCAGGGUGGAGGAACUUUUGGCGACCACCGUGAUACCAUUAUCCAGCAAGAAUAUCCAACUGAUGCAUAA